AUGGUGAUCAUUUCACAAGACGAAGCCGAUCGCAGAGGAAAAGUGUACGACAAGUACAUGUGUAGUUUUCUCUUCAACCUUAACAAUGAUUUUGUUGUGGAUGCCACUCGUAAAGGCAAUAAGAUACGGUUUGCCAAUCAUUCAAUCAACCCGAACUGCUAUGCCAAAGUGAUGAUGGUGAAUGGAGACCACCGCAUUGGCAUUUUUGCAAAACGGCACAUUCAGUCUGGUGAAGAGUUGUUCUUUGACUACAGAUAUGGGCCUACUGAGCAACUCAAGUUUGUUGGAAUUGAAAGAGAACUGGAAUUCUUGUGAUUUUCACUGCUGGUUUUGUUGAUCAUUUUGUCUUGACCCUAUUGUCUUGACUUUGUAAAUAGGUUCUAGACCAAGCCAUCUGGCAUGCACAAUUUUGACAAUUUUUCUAGGCAUGUUUUGACUCUAUAUUGUGAGUUUUUCUUCGACAAUGGUGUAUUAACGAUUUGCAUUUUGUAAACACACUUUUUUGCUGUUA